UGUCUCGCCCAAUGAAAAUCGUACAAGUCGUCAAGACGCCGUGACGUAAUUAGUGACACGUUGGCAGUCGGUCUAGUCUGUCUUUUCGGCGACGGUGUUCGGUAUUUUUUCUCACAUUAUAGUAAAAACUCAGUAUUUAUAUUUUUAAUGUAAAAAAUGGGAAUAAAGUCGGCUCAGUUACCGGCGUGGAUUUGAUAAAACUAAAGUCGCGGCCGAGUCUGUCGGAUUCUUAAACCCAAACCAAUCUGUCGGACGUUCGUUUCUCAAUGCUCGACUCAAUGCCCAGGACAGGCGGAGGCGCAAUUCGGUAUUCGUUGAUCAAGGGGUGGGGAAAGAUACGCAACCGUUUAAACCGGAGUUAGGGAGGGGCGGAAACCGAGUUAAAACGCAGCUGCUGUCAGUCACCUCGCGAACGCGGUGCGGUUUUGUUCUUCAAAGUAUUGAUGGAAGGGUGUCCGUCGGGAUUUAAUCUAAGACAGUGUUGUGUCGAGUUUUAAAUCCGCGAAAUUAAACUACACGUGAUUGAAUAGAAAAACACAAGACCAUGUCGAUGUCGUCGGACAUGAGUUUAAUGGACCUCCUAUUCGACAGGGAGGAUCCCAUGCUCAAAGACACUAUUAAACACGAGUCCGUUCUUAUGGAUGACGAAUGUAGGGAAGACGCUAUUGUGACAGAAGAAUGGCCGACCAAUCCGGACGACUUUCUGGACUCUAUAUUCAAACUGGACAAUCAGUUCAACCUUAUCGACAGCGACCUGGUCGCGAUUCCCUCCUCGUCGUCGGACAGCGGCCUUUCCAGCGCGCUGAGUUCUUGCGAACAACAGCUGAGCCCCCUUUUACCCAUCGAAGAUGACCAGGUGGAAUUCAACUCGGAUUUGAACAGCCCCCAGGAAUUCGUCGACUUCGAUACCCUGGGGAGUCCGAAUCAAUCUUCGGAAUUCAGCCCCGAAAGUCCGAUCGACAGCCCCAUCCGUUCGGUGAUGAGUUCGAACGUGGGAUCUCCUGGAACAGACGCCACCGAAGAAAUGGACUUCGAACAUACCUUGGUAAACGUUGUCGACCCUAAUUCCGUCGAUGAUGCAACUUCGCAGGAAGCCCAUAUCGUCGAACCACCGCAGCAGCAGCAACAGCAAAUCGUAAACUUCAACGUAGUGGCCCAGCAUCGGCCUGAAAUACCUCCAGAGGCGACAAUCAAUCUCCGUAACCUUCAGAGUAACAAACGUAACAACAUUAGACAAUUAAUUCGAGUGACGCCGGUCGGUUCAGGUAAUCCAAGAUCGAUACUCCUCCCCGUCAGUUUGAAGGACAUGAAGGAAGUCCGAACGAUUAAAAUAAUCAACGCGGCGCAAGCCAGGAAUCUAAAGGGUCUCAAGAUCAACCAAGGCAACGUAAUAAGCAAACCCCUCUCGGUGAACAUAAAACACGACGAUUCGGGCAGCGAAAAGGGUGGAAUUUCGAGCGACGAAGUAUCGGAAACGGAAUCCCCCUACCCGAGACUAAAGUUGAACACGGAAGAGAAACGUCUGCUGCAAAAAGAAGGAAUCACUCUGCCGUCUCAUUACCCAUUAACAAAGCACGAGGAACGCGAGUUAAAACGAAUCCGACGUAAAAUCCGCAACAAGAUUUCCGCCCAAGACUCGCGAAAAAGGAAAAAGGAGUACGUCGACGGGCUAGAAGACAGAGUAAAACAGUGCACCGAAGAGAACAUGACUCUUCUGAAACGCAUAAAGGCAUUGCAGAGCCAAAACCAGAGUCUAGCCGGACAACUUAAAAGGCUACAGACGCUCAUACAAAAUAGUAACAAGAGCGCACAGCCUGCGACUUGUCUUAUGGUUCUGCUGCUCUCUCUAGCCUUGGUCGCUGUGCCAAAUCUUCGCCCGCAUUCGCACGCCAGCAACAACAAUGAGCUUGUACAGGAACAGGAGCAGUCGGAAAAAAUGCCCCCACUUGCAGGACGAUCACGCAGCCUGCUAUACACGAAGCAACUGUUGGGCGAAGAUCUCCAGCAGUGCGGGGAAGAACUCCUCCAGGAAGUUGAGGGACUAUUGGACCACGACUACAGUCCAAUCGUUGCGGUUCCAGCCCAUAAACGUCCACGUUUAGACCCAGAUUCCGUGGCGAAACAAACUUCGCCUUACGACUACGUCGGCGGUACCCUGGGCCAGGGUUCAGAUUUCCUGGAGGUAAAGGCGUCGAGACGUUUCAUAGAACCACCCCUGGACGAUGUAUGGCCCCCGCCAAAACCGGGCGGUGAAGUUGCGACGAAAAUAGUUGACAAACUUGAAGCUUUGACGAAUGAAUUGAAAAUCAAUAUCUCAGACGCCGACGGGACAAGAACUGUGUUGCUAAAAGUACCGCAGGAGCAAUGAGGAUUGCAUACUUGAGGAAGGGGAAGCGAUACUGAUUAACAAUUUCAAUGGGUAUAUUUUAAUUGUUUUUUAAGUUUUGACGAGAAGCUAAGCUCGUGAGAUCGUUGCGCGAGAAGUGGUCUGUGGCCGGGGCACAGAGUCGCUGCUUGAUUCGUGCGAUAGGAUUUUAAAAUUACCUUGUUAUUCUGAGGACUAAAAGUUGUGGAAAAUGGCGUUGGGUGUUCAAUUCUUACCUCGCGAGGAAUCCAACGCCAGACAGUUUCCACUCACGGAAUUAUUCGGGUAUGAUUCAUCUGUCCUAAUGUACCCCACUACGCUCUUGCUAUGCUAAUUAACUAGUAGCAGCGAUUCUGCAGUCUUCCAUAACUUCCAGCACACAGAGUUUUAUCGUCGCCGCAUUUACCUGAAAAAAAAAUUUAAUCGUGUCAUCCAUAUAUUUUCGUAAUCCGUAGAUAUUGAAUAUACGCGAAAUUGGAAAAGAAGUUCUUAGUUUUAGUGAACAAGCGAUUCUCAUCUCUAAUCUGAGUUUUUUUAUAAUUCUAAUCACCUGACCAUAUUCAUGGUAAUUCAUUAACGAUUACUCUAUUGCUUGUCAAAUUCGCUGCAUUAUCGGGAAUUUUUUCCUCGUUUUUAUGUUCAGUGCACGCAAUCACAUGUAUUGAAAAUAGUUAAAAAAAAAACUGGUUUCUGCCGAGUAGAAGCAAUAUUUUUCUUGUUUCUAUUCUCAUCAAAUCGAAAGUAAAAACGAAUAAUAGCAAAAAUUUCUGGCUGUCUGAAAAGCUAAAUGAACUCAUUGGCCAGCGAUCGGCCUUCGUUUUGAAAGAUAUGUGUUUAUCGGUGAUAUAUUCCCUUCGGAAACACAUCGCCUAAUAUAUUUCAAAACGAAGAUCACCACGAUUAUGUUCAAAUCCAAUGAUAAAAUUGCUUUUACAACGAAGCUGAUUGUCACUAGAAAUAGAAAACUUAGAUCGAUUAUUAUACAUUUUACGAUUCAACUAUUCACGCAUCUAUGCACACCUGUCAUAAUUUCAUGAAAAACUUAUAGAACUGUCUUGUGUCUUCAUUUCCAUAUUGUUUUUGUAAAUAUUCAAACAUAUUUAGAACUUAGAGAAAUUAAUGAUAUCGAAGCACUACUUUAGUUUAUAAUAUUAACUUGAAUGUUAAACGAUGUACACGGAUUUUAUUUGGACGUAUACAAAUAAGUAUAUAUGUAUGUAAAAUAUCUAUCAGAGAAUGAUAUUACUGUUAUGGUUAUGAGUGUUAAUUUUUGUUUGGACAAUGGGAUUAUGUAAUUCUAUAUCAAUCUAUAAUUUUAUUCCGCGCCCUUGAAUAUUACGUUAUUAAAGAUUAUACGAGAAGGGAAGGUGUCCCCGGCUUCGAUAUGUAGGUACAUUAUGAUGUGAUUAUCGUUAUUUUGCUAUGAUAAAACCGAUGAAUUACGUGUGCAUUCGAACACGUACAUUCAAAAGUUAAGACUGUUUCGAUACUACAUUUGUUCACACUUGUUCAAAAUGCAAAUUUAUAGGGAAAUUCACCAUUUCAUUUCUGUUCACUAGCCGAUUUCAAACAUAAUAUAGACUAUAUUUUACUUACUCUACUUUAUUAUAAGAAAUCGAAAGAUAUAUUACAUAUUAAAUAUAUGUACAUGUUAUAAGAUGUAUGUGACACGUUGCCAUUUUCAUUAAACACAUAUCCCUCUGGCCUGGGAAAAGGGUGUCGUUUUCGGUAUUAGUAACGCUAACAGAACGGAGUCGAGCUUAAAGAAAAUGGCAGCGAUGAAUACGAAUUGUAAAUAAAAUGAAUGAACAAUAUAUAUAUAUAGAUAUAUAUAUUAUAUUACGUUUACCUUUUGAUGGUACUUAGUCCUCGCAGACAAAAAUAUACAGCGAAGAAAUAGGAUAUACCUAGGCAGUCUAUUGGUUUGUUUUUGGUGAACGGUCAAUAAACCCUAGUUCGCACUUCAGCUAUACAUCAUACCUAGAGAGUAAAAAUUAAAAUUUAUACGGACAUACUUCACAACCGAGUGUCUGAUAUUACGUCUCUUUAAUAAAUGUAUCAACAGAAAUCGAUACACUUAAGAUCAUCAUCAUACAUUCCUAUACUUGUAAAAGUUAUUACAAAAAUAGAUUAACAUUCUAUUUUUGCACCUAAUGGCGGGGGGAUGUAGUUUAACACACUCUGAAUUAGAUAAUAUAAGAUGCGUGUAGAAAUAUUACUAUGAAUAAAGUUAAUGCAAAUUAAA